AUGGCGGACCAAAAUAUUUCACAGUACAAGUACUCGGCGAUGUCCAACCUGGUUCUCCAGGCGGACCGUCGUUUCAUCAGUCGCACGCAUGACGAGCCAACGGGAGACCCGGAGUCUCUGGCGGGUCGCAUUGGUAUCCGGGAGAUGGGUGCACAAGUGGCGCGUGAUACAGCUCCCAAAUCGAAGAAGACAGCUCCUUCUGGCCUCGAGCGGGGCAGUAUCGGCGAGGGCGAGGACGUGUUGCAACGCGAACAGAAAAAGCGCACACGCGGACAACCAGCACAACUGCGGGGACAGGGUAUUCUAUCAGCAGCCGAUGCUUUCGUCGAAGGCCUCAAAUACCGUCCUCGGACACCCGCUACACGAGCUACAUACGAUCUCAUUCUCACAAUCACCGGAGGCGCUUUGGGCGAUGUCCCCCACGAAGUCGUUCGAAGUGCCGCAGACGCGGUGUUGGAGCUCCUCAAAGACGAAGAAAUGAAGGACUUUGAUAAAAAGAAGGAGAUCGACGAUCUUUUGGGAAGUUCAAUGAACCCAAAGGAAUUCAACGAGCUUGUCAACCUAGGCAAAAAGAUUACGGACUACGAUGCCCAGGAUGAGGACGAAGAAAUGAACGACGACCUCGACGAUACCAACGGCGAACUCGAUCAGCGUCAAGGUGUCGCUGUUGUAUUCGACGAGGAAGACGACGACGAUCGUAUGGGCACUGUCGACGAAGUCCGCGAUGACGACGACCUCAGCGACGACGACGACGAAGCUGAUGAAGACAAACCACAAUCCGACGACGCUCCCGCCCCCAAAGACGAGGAUGGGGACGAAAUGGUUCUUGAUGGAGGUCUUGGUGGAAACGAUCAAGUUGCAGACAAGACCGGCCUGAGAGUUUCGGCCCGCGAAAUUGACGCCUACUGGCUGCAGCGCCAAAUAGGCUCCCUAUAUUCUGAUGCCCAUACCCAACAAGAGAAGACCGAUGAGGCUCUUGCAAUUCUCGGCGGCAAGGAGGAGGAUGGAACACCGAAGCCCUUGCGCGAUGUUGAGAACGAUUUGAUGGAACUCUUCGACUACGAUCAUCCUGACCUGGUUGCGAAACUGGUCACUAACCGCGAUAAGGCCGUGUGGGUGACCCGCUGGCGAAGGGUUGCAGAGGAGGCCGAUGCCCGCAAUCUAGUCGAGAUUGAGAUGGUUGAAGCUGGCCACCGCGCAAUUCUGGAUGAGAUUCGUGGAAAAGAGACCGGCGACGACCUUGCAGAGCGCCCCGAAAAGAAAAUGAAGUUUGACUUGAUGGACGUCGAUGUUCCUUCAGGUGCAACCGAGGACGGGAAGCCUGCAGCACAGACCGGCCCCCUUCAACCGAAGAGAACCAUCAACCUGGAGAACCUCGUCUUCCACCAGGGCAACCAUCUCAUGACCAACCCCAACGUCAAAGAUCCACGUACCGCCACCUAA